GCAAAAUCGAGUCAGCCGAAGCUAAGAAGGGGGUGGAAGCAUAUCUGCCGCAGGAUUCCAAAAUUUAUGAUGGUAUAAAAGUGCAAGCCGUGUACCGGUAGGAUUAUAGUUCGAAAACACACUUCAAUCAGUAAUCACUGAAACCAAUCAUAAGUCAAGAUGUUCACCAAAUUGAUUUGUAUUGCCGCCCUGGCUAUCUCGUGCACCGUUGCCAAGCCGGGAGUCGUUGCUCCGGUGGCCUAUUCCGCCCCGUUGGUUGCUGCUGCUCCAGCUCCUGCUUUUGUGACCGCUCAGAGUUCCCAGGUCGUCGCCCGUAACUACAACGGCAUUGCUCCCCUGGCUUACACCGCUCCCAUCGCAGCUCCUGUGACCUACGCCGCACCAGCUCCGCUGGCCUAUACUGCUCCGGUUGCCAAAGUGGCCGCUCCCGUGGCUUAUGCUGCCCCAGUGGCCAAGGUCGCUGCCCCAGUAGCUUACGCUGCACCGGCUGCUCCUCUGGCUUACGCUGCUCAAUAUGCCACUCCAUACGCCGCGCCUUACGCUGCGCCUUAUGCUGCUCAUCCUUACGUGGCCCCGUAUGCCGCUCCCUUUGCGUCGCCGUAUGCCGCCUACCGUUAUAGCCCGUACGUGCUGUAAAUGGAUGAUUAGCCAAUAAGGACUGAACAUGUGAUAACCAAAACAGAGAGCAGGCUCUAUUAUUGUUGCAGUAGUAUGUUAAGGUCAAUACAAAUCAAUUUGAAUCGAAAGCGAAAUUGUCGAUCCUUUAUGUUGAUAUUACUUCUAAAGUAAAUGGAAGUUUAAUCCUGUCUUGAAUAACUGAAAUAUAGACCCCAGGGAACAUUAGGAAAUAAUCGAAAUCC